AUGGAUAGGAGAAAUCAAACUGCAUUGAAGGAGUUCAUCAUUCUGGGAUUUUCUAGCCUCCAGGAGGUGCGGCUCCUACUGUUCAGUGGAUUUUUGAUCACAUAUCUCUUCACCCUACUUGGGAACACCUUCAUCAUCAUCCUUGCCUUGGUGGACCAGCGACUCCACACUCCCAUGUAUUUCUUCAUUGGGAACCUGUCCUUUCUGGACAUCUGUUAUACCACCACUACUAUUCCUCAGCUACUGAUCCAUCUCCUCUCAGAGAGGAGCAACAUCUCCUACAUGGGCUGUGUUCUGCAACUUUUCUUCUUUUUCUCCUUCGUGGGCACAGAAUGCCUCCUCCUUGCAGUGAUGGCCUUUGACCGCUAUGUUGCCAUUUGCAAUCCACUGCAUUACACUCUGAUCAUCAACAAAAGCAUUUGCCUCCAAUUGUCAGCUGCUUCCUGGGUAAGUGGCUUCCUUAACUCUGCAAUACACACUGUCUUUGCCUUCAAGUUACCCUUCUGUGGGGAAAACCGUAUUGAUUAUUUCUUCUGUGAUAUCCCACCGCUGCUUGAGCUGUCAUGUGGGGACACCUCCCUCAACAAACUCCUGAUCAUAUUCAUUGGUCUGUUUAUAGCCUGGACACCCUUUGCCUGCAUCCUUCUAUCAUACACUUACAUCAUCUCGACCAUACUGAAAAUGCCUUCUUCCCAGAGAAAGAGGAAGGCAUACUCCACGUGUUUAUCCCAUCUGACUGUCGUCCUUCUGUACUAUGGCAGUUGUAUCUUCACUUACCUGAGACCCAGUUCAAGUUACUCACUGGGUAGCACCAGACUGAUCUCACUAUUAUAUAGCAUCUUAACACCAAUGUUAAACCCCAUCAUUUAUACCCUGCGAAACAAGGAUGUGAAAGAAGCUUUGAAAAAUGUGAUCCUUAGGAUGUGA